GAGAGCACUUUUGCAUUUUAUAGGAAGUAGAGGUUCUACUGGAACCAAAGGUCUUAAAGGUAAGAUGAUGUAUUAAAAAAGUCAGACACGUUUUUCUUAAUAUGCUGCUAACGGUGCAACCUUUUUUAGUGAUGCUGGUAAUCGGAAAGUCAGUGGGGGUCAGCCUAGUCCCAGGCGUUCCGAAGCAAGCGCGAGAAAAAAGUGGAUGUAGUACGAGACUGGGACCUAGGUGUGACGUCACCGCUCAAGGUGCUUCAGAACGCCUAGCAGAUUUCAGUAUUUUUAAUAUGGCGGAAAAUUUAUAUAUACAAGUAACCUUUUAAUUAUAAAUACGACAAUGUUCGUUCAUCAUGUACAUGUUCGAUGUCUACAUAACCAAAUCAAACUGUAUUAAAAAUGUGCUCAACUAAAAAAAAUAUAUACAAAUUUACGAUACCGAGUUUGAGCAAUCGUUGAUGUUAUUUAUGUACUCGCAAGUUGUGAUCAACACUAGACCAUACUGGUAUUACACAACUACGCUUUCUACUUGACAGGUUUAAAUUGCUGAGGAGAUUGGAAAUAUUUGCCUGACAUGACGGUGUUGUCAAAACAUUCUUAGUCGGAAACUCGGCAUAAUUUUCAAGCUUCUAGAUAGCAUUUAAUAUGGCUAUAUAUUUUAGUAAACACGAGUCAUAUUUAGCCCGUUAUUCCAUUCUGACCGUAUGGCCGCGAAACGUAGCCUACUUCAUUGUUCCGAGAGCAUUAGAGCAAAACUAAUGACUUAAUUAUAAAUGCAAAGGAAAUUUCCAUAACAUUUUCCAUUUACAAAUGAGGUAUGCUUGGUAACCAGGCCAGGGACCACUUUUUUGAAAUCAGGGACCAUUUUACCGAAAUCUGCUAGGCUCUCUCGCUGAAGCGUUCCGCACAGCACACCCAGGCAUAAAACUUUUAAGACUUAUUUAAAUUUAUCAAAGCAGCGAAUAGAGAGAGAGCCUAGGACUAGGCUGAGUGGGGGUAUAAUUCAACCAUAAACAAGACCGCAAUUUUCAUGUUUAGGUCAUUUAUCUAUGCUUCAUAUAAGUAGCUUGGACGAAACAGGGUUAUCGACCAUGCAGUCAACAGUCGCGUACUAUAAUUAUAUAUUUUAUCUAAAGAGAUUUUUUUUUUUGAGGGGGAGGGGAAAUCAUUGCCAUUCUUCUCCCAUUCAUAGUUUUGCUGCAUCAGAGAAAGUUUAAUUUGAUAAAGAAUAGUAGUAAAGUAUUGUUUUAUCAUGAAUUUUAUUAUUCAAUAUCUGGAGAGUAAUUUGUAAGAUUUUAAACAAGCGGAAACUAUAACAUCGUUAAUUCCACGCGUGUGGGAGAGGGGACAAUUCUAAGAAAUUGCAGGAAACAUUAUGCAUUUCCUUAAAAAUAUGAUGAUUAGCUACAAAACAACCUAAGUCACCACCCGACAUAUUUGUGCCAAAUUGCAGGGAACUUAUAUUUUUGCCGCGCGGUAACUAGUUGUCACAAAAUUGAUGAGUAUGAUGUCAUGACGUAGACAUAACAUGUUUAAUUUUUUCUAACCAUGCGCCGGUUGUUCAAAAAUGGAUUAGCGCUAACCCAGGGUUAAAAUUUAACUUGCCGAUUUGGUUUGUGUAUUUCUGCGCGUCUGUCUAUUUCAACACUUUAGAAAAUAAAUUCAUCCAAACAAGAUUUCUGGAAAAUAUUUCCAUGUUAAUGAACAAGCUGCUGGGAAGAUUGAUUUGAAACAACCGGCCCCAUGCGCACUUGUGGUAUGCUCGGUGAGCGUCAUAUACGGCAUUUGGAACUCUUACUAGCUUGUAAAUCUAUUUUUCACUAUUUUAUUGUUUUUGAUUAUAAAUUUUGCCUUUAUAGAGCGUUUACACAUGACGUCACAGCCGCCAUGUUGGUGUUCCAAUUCAAAAUAAUUUUAAUUAAACCCUUUUGUCCGGAACACCAACAUGGCCGCCAUGGCUUUUGUAGAGUUAAUGAGUGCAAACGCUCUACUGUAUAGCUGCGUAAUGAAUCGUUUGGGCUCAGAAAUUGUUUUUUAAAAGUCAUUUACCUUUUGUUUUCAUCAAGUAAUGCAACAAGAAAACCCGCAUCAUCAAAACCGACAUGACUGCCUUUUUAAUUCAGCCACUCACUCGAUGAGCCGCUGAAAUUCAAGCUAAUCGAUACCGGAGCUUGAUAACAUGUCAAUGGUAGUGUUGCUAGUAAACCUAGUUAUUCUCGGUUGUUAAGGUUUACUCCAUUCGAUGUCUGUACAACUAACCUGCUACGUUAUGACAAUACUCAAUAAGGCGAUGAAACGAGCGAUGUGACCGAAGUAUGUGUGAUGCACGGGACCCCCCAAAUAUUCGAACACUACUCUACUAUAAAUGUUUGCGAGCAUGAGAGAAAAGGGCCUGAACACGGUUUUCCCUUUUGUGCUGUCGCAAAUUGCAAAAAGUGACAAUAUUUCCACCGAAGAAUGAUCUUAUAGUGGAAUAUGAAACGUUCUAAGAUUUGCCACGAGGUGCCAAUAAAGUGCAUCACGUGGUCCAUAAAAUCAAUACCGCGCGUGAAAACUCGAGGAACUUCAUGAAUUUAUGAAUUCAAUCUCAUUCUCUAUUUGUCAACUUUCAUUACGCCAUGAAAUUUAAGAAGAAUAAAGAUUUUGCCGUACUAACAUGCAGUUAAAAGGGAUAAGUUCUAACUCAUUUCUGAGUUAUGAAAUAGGUGCGAAAUUCAAGGAAGCUGAUUUAUUAAAAUCUCCUAUUUUGUCAAAAUUAUUCAGUCGAUGGUUGGAAUAUUUCUAUAUCUUGCUAUUCUUGCUUUUUGUCAUUGAUAUGUAUAACAAAGUUAGAGGCAUUCUUUGUCUCAAAAGCAAAACAACGAAAAUGAAUCCGAGCAUCAUUAUGGCUUCCUUGUCUCAUGUUGCUGCAUGCAUACGUGAAACAUUCCAUGCAUGCAUCGAUAAGGGGCUUCGAUGGCGAAGUGGUUAGCGCACUUGCCUUUCACCUCUAAGGCCGCAGGUUCGAAUCUCAGUGAGAACUUCUCAAUGUGACUCGAACACAGGCCUCAUGUGAAAAGAGUAAAAGUCGACGCUCUGCCGAAAGUCGUGGGUUUUCUCCGGGUACUCCGUGGGUUAGGCACAUAGGUUUCCAGAGGACCACGGAGUCAUCAGUAUUCGUACUGUCAAGUGUCAUCCUCUAUAAAUAAAGUCUCUCUCUCUCUCAACAUAUCUUGAUAAACAUUCGUAUUUUGCAGCUGGCUGCGUUAAGCGCAUCACACAUGAUUCAGUACGUCCUAUUAGCUGCGAUACCUUUGUCGUUCAUGUGUUCUGUUUCAUUCCCACGUAUUAUUUGAUUCGUUUCAUUCUUAGUCUGCUUUUUUUUUUUCAGGUGACACUGGUAUUACAGGUACGCUACAUAUUUCUUGGAAUUUUCUUGCAAGACAUGUUGCGCGAACGAGGCAUUUCUACAGAGGAAACGUAGAAAUUUGCCACGUUUCAUUUAGCUGUUGUUUUCCUUGAUCGACUACCCGGGCAUGCACAGAAUAACAAUUUAACCAGAAAUCCCACUCUCGACAUAUCAAAAAGCUGAUCACACUUUUAGCGAUCUGGAAACGAGUGCGUUGUAUAAAUUUGUAUGGCUUUAAUUGGCCGCGCUCUUUUCAGAUAGCUAAACAAGUGUAAUGUGGAGACUGGAGUGAUUUUUCCGGGAAUGGAAUGUAUCCCCUACAUCCACCCCGUCAAAAGUAUCGUCUGCACUCCCUCCUGGACAUUACUCUUGGAUCAAUUGCAAUAUGUUUUGGAGGUUCGGAACGUCGUUCUUUCAUAAUUUAGCCACUGAAAAUCUCCGCCCCAUUCUUUCCCUGAUGACAGAUUUAUAGACAGUUUAAAUAAAACGAUGAUUGGAAAAUAAAUUUUUUAAAAUAGCCCACCUUAUUAUAACUGUCGCCCUCCUCCGGUUCCGUGACCCCAUAUAAUUUUGGGGGGAAGGACUACAUUAAAUAAUGGAUAGUUAAAAAAACUACGUGGUUUUAUGAUCCAUGAUUAAAUCAAGGUCGAUAAUCUAAACCAGUUUGGUGUUACGUCGGUCCUCACAUUGGUUAAUUUAUACAGCUUUCAACACACAAGGAUUUAAGUACAUAUUUUCUGGGAUUAAACGAAAGAAUGUGUGUAAAUAGAUAUAAAUAUAACGUUUAAUUCGUGCUGAACAAAGGAUAAACAGAAAAAUCAAUAUUUAUAUAGAACAAAUACUGUAUGCCAUAGUUCUGGCUUAACAACUAAUUAUAUUCCAUGUACAUAUGUUUUUAACUGCCUUUGUAGCUCAGGCAAAAUGCAGUAAUUGGGCUGCGAAGCGCCGAAGACAUUAGUUGUUCUUCUGGUAACCCUAGUGAGUCACAAUUUGGUCAGUCUUUCGUGAUAAUUGUGAAGUGCUAACCCUCAUUAAAUAAAGUUGCUAACUGAUUUACACUGUGGAAACAUAUAAGUCACAUGCAAAAUGAUGUUUCUAUAGUCGUUUUCAUCAUAUUGCCCCAGUUAAGUGCAGUACAGCAUUUAUAUGACAAAAACGUCGUAACGACUCUUCUGAAGAUCUAUCUAUAUCCAUGAUAUAUCUAUAUCAUGCUAUAGUCCGAGAGGUUGCUCUAAUCAAUUUUUGUUGACAUUGCGUUUGCGAAGUGCCCUACGAGCCGCCAGGUCGAGUGGGUCACUUACGUUCUUACCAUGUUAUAACGUCCUCUGUGUACAUUCAGCUAAACAAACAAUGGCAACAUAUUUUCUAUUUGUUUUAUACCCUACCGAAACGUUUUGGGGGCUUUGAAACACGAUGGAAAGAGAUUAAAACGCCAUUUGAUGUGAUCCAUGAUUUAUACCAAACAACGCUGUCUCGUGAUGCUUCCAAGACAGUUGUGAUUGGUUAAAAGAUUUUAUGUCACUGAAAUAGCGUCAACCGAGCGUCUCAUCACGACCAAACCACAUUUAGAAAACAAAAGAAAACUAAUUUACAAUUCAUCUAUUGACAUCAUUUCCGGCAACUCUGACAGUGAAAACUUCUUUACGACUUCGUUUUUCCAACGAAGAUAUAUUACGUUUCGUCGUCGAAUGAUCGAAAUAUUACAAAAUACCAAAAAUCACAUUUGGAGUUAGUGGCACUUUCAUUGGCGGAUAGUUUUACUGUGAAUUAAACUUGUUACAAAUGUUUAUUUCAGGUCCACCGGGCAAGUCGGGACCAAAGGGUGCACCUGGUUUCCCAGGUCUGCAGGGAAUUUCUGGUAUCCAUGGUGAGAAAGGCGAACCAGGAAAAUGUAAUGCCUGUAAUAUGUCUGCAUUAACGGUAAGAAAUUAGUAUAGCAUUUUUUUAUUGCAUGAAGAAUCGAGCCAACCAUAAAUUAGUAUAGCAUUUUUUUAUUGCAUGAAGAAUCGAGCCAACCAUACGUACUAAUCAAUUUUCGCCGGAUGACACUGGUAUUACACUCGUUUUCAAAAUCACGUGACUCGGCCCAAAAACAAUUUGAGUUAAAAUGUUAGUUUUAUGUCAUGCGAACUAAAAAUAACAAACGUAAAUAUGAAACCCAAUUAAAAUCAUAUUAUCACUAAAGAAGAACAAUGAACCGAAAUAAAGCUACUGUAUACAAACUAAAGAAGCAACAAACAACUAUACUAUUACAAGGUAAUUCAUCAGUAAUUGUUCUGGAAAUGAGAAUUUGCUGAAACUUUCCAGGGGUGAAGUUUAUGAUAUGCUCUAGUAAAAACAGUUGGGGUCACCGAACUCGUUUCGAAGAUAUGACAAGUGCAAUAUGCCACCUUUUCCCCCAUAUGGCGCCAUUUUUGACCCUUUUACGAGUAACACAGGAACAAUUGAUAUUUAAAUACCUUCUUAAAGAGAUACAAGGGUUGCAACACGAUGUGGUUUAUAAGUAGUGUUAGUUGCACAGGAGCCCUAGCCAGAAUUCUGUCUUUUUUAAGGUAUAUAUUUCCUGAAGCAUACCUAAUCAAUGCAGCAGAGUGUUUUUCUCUUGCCCUUACUGUUUCUUUAUUAUUUACAUUGCAGUUCGGCUGCAUAUAUAUUAGCUAAAAUUUGUUAUUAGAAGUGCGCAAUGCAAAAUUAAUGAAUCACUCCACAUUUGGCGUUAAAUGCGAUACAAAAUAAAACCACUGAAUUAACUCCUUAAAAUUAACAGUGUAACUGCAUCAUGCGCAUUAAACCCGACUGCGACGGUCGUAUUAUAAUUUUGUUGUGUUUGAAAUUUGCAAAAAGAUUGAGAAUGAUUCCAUACCUUAUAUACAAUACUAUUACGAAAUUAAACUGGAAGCACAUUUUUUGGUUUGACAUUUGGUAUGUUCCCAGCGGGAUACAUUGCAUUUAUCUAAAACCACGUGACCACAAAUCAGCCAAUCACGUUUGAUGUUCACCCUAUAGCUAUAUAACAACAUGCUUCGAAGUUUUGCAACAUCACUUUUUUCGAGGUUUGUUUGAUAUUGAAUUGCACGAGGUCAAACGGCGUAAUCGAUUAUCGUGAAAUUAAUUUGAAAUCAAAUAUCUUUCAUCGCUAGAAUUUAGGGCAAGCAAGGUUUGCCAGAUAAAGGUAUUAGACUACAAUAUUUCCUAUCAUUGUGUAAUUGACUUUCCUAUUUUUUUCUCUCAGGUUAAAAAAGAACGUCCUGUGGUGCAUUUGACGGGGUAUAGCGAAUCAUUAGGCUUACCAAAAUAUGGUAAGUUCUAACACAUACCUGCUUUUGUGCAAUUAGGAAAAUUUAGCAAGGAGGAUGUGCAGAAAAGAAAUGUAGAUUAAAAGACUCUCGGGAGUUUUAGAUGUCGUCCUCGCUCUGUUGCCAACGGCAAAUCAAAGAUUAUCAUGCCUUGUUUACAACGCCUGUAAUUGUAUUUAAAGCCACGAAAGGUGGUACACAGAAAAUUGGCUCAGUAGAGCUCUUUUCAACCAUGAAGUCCCUGUCUUACAUGUACCUCCUCAAGUUGUAGUGAAUUCAUACAAUGGAUAAUAUACAUGACAAAUUUUCUUUAAAAUCAUUUAUUUUGAAGCCUGAUGGAGUUUCUUUUGGCCGUCGUCGUCGCGUUGCCACUUGUUACUUGCCUUCUACAUGCUCAAGGUCCCUAAUAUCCAUAUUAUACAAUGAGCAUUGCCAUUGUAUUCCGUUAUGGUUUAUGUUUAUAGUGGGGUUUUCGGCGAAAUAUUACCCGAAUUAUUAUAAAUAAUAUUUCCCGAAGUCGUGAUAUGAAGACGAAGACCUGAAAACCUACUAAUUUGAGAAUAAACGUACUAGUUACUAUUUUAUUUUUUUAAAUUUACGAUUGUUGUACCCUUUGGAUUAUUGAAGGUAACAUUCCUCCUGAUAUUCACGUUUAAAAAGCAACGUUUCUGUAACAAAACGCUCCAAACUCGUCACUCUUUUUUUUCGGCCAUCUUGUGUGCGGAUCGCUUCACGUAGUUUCAGCGGCUAGCCACUAUCUUAUGCUAAACUAGCCUCCUCCGCAGGCAAUUAACUGUUUGGCUUCUAAACGGCAAUAGAUAAAUACAGAAAUACUUAUUGGAAUCUUGCAUAACAAUAAUGCAGAGCGAAGGGGGACGGAAAGGGUUAAGAGCGGAUAUGAGGUACUAUAAGGGAAACGUUCUUCUUCGUGCUCGGUUGAAUUGAGCAAAUGCAAAUACAAAAUUAGAAAGAUAGUACAAUAUAAUUAGUUUAUUGCAGUAUUUGUCUAUUGCUGUUUACAAGCCAAACAGUUGCCUGCAGAGGAGGCUAAUGCUAAACAAGGGAUGUAGUUUGCAAAGAUGAUGAAGUCGCAGUAACUUCGGAAAUAGGCAAUUCCAGCUUUUAGUUUAUGUGUGCAGGGGGUGAUGGUUAGUAAGGUAUGAUGUUGCUGAUUAUGCUGAAAAAAUACGACGGAGGUCGUUGUCCUGAAAAAAUUUUUACCGGAAAAUUUUUUUUGAAAGGGGGCCCCCAAAAAAAAAUUUGCCCCGGGCCCCCGCCAACCUCUCUUCGGCCCUGAUCGGCAAUAUGAUACCUUACUUCCCAUCACCCCCUGCGCGCAUAAAUUAAAAGCUGGAAUUGCCUAUUUACAUCAGUCGACUUCGGAAAUUUACGUCAGGUCGAACAUUCGACGAUUCUUUGUCUUUUGUCACAGUGUUUCCACUUUCAAGGAAAUCAAUUUUCGACUUUGACUUAAUUUGAGACGAACAUACCAUUCGAUAUGUAUGAACUUUACAGCGAAAGGAAAGUUUGUAUGAAUUUUAGACUUUUAGUGGUGAAAAAAUCCCAAAAUUUCAGCAGAAAGCAAACGGUAAGUUCAUUUUUGUUAUUUCAAUUCAUUUGUUGUUUAAUCAGUUUUUCAUAUGUAAUAAAAAAACAUUGCUAUAGACUUUUUUAAAAAGCCUGCCUUGUGACGCAGUUCGCGGAUAAAAGAAAACCCCGCACAGCCAUUUGGCUUGCCUGAUUGGCCAAAUGAUCGUAUUUAUUUUAUCCGCAAACUACUUUACAAUGCAGACUUUUUAAAAAGGUCUAUUUUGGUCCGCUCUGGUCUCAAAACUGAAACAAACGAAAAAGGAGCAUUGACAUUGUACUUGCACUGAUCUGUGCUUGCACUGAUCUCAGAUCAAUCAAACGAAAAAGGAGCCAUUGUGCUUGAGAACAUUUGCAUUCCACUAAUAUGGCACUAAACCAAGAAAAAUAUUUUCUAAUAUAAUCUUGAACUGUCUGUGCCAGUGUAGGUAGUGCCAAUAAAAUGAACAAGCUUUCGUUGGUAGGGAUGCAACUACCUGAAAAAUAUAAGCAGAAUUUCCACGUUUCGAGCGAAUAAGGAGAAUUUCGAUGUUUCGAGCGAAUAAGCAACUCCAGACGAAGGGCUUUCGCUCGAAACGUCGAAAUUCACCUUAUACAUUUUCAGGUAGUUGCAUGCCUACCAAUAAACAAAAGCUUGUUCAUUUUCUAACAUAACGCCGAAUUAAUUGAUUUUAUCUUACACAAACUCCACGUUUUAUUAAUAAUUUAACUUGUAUUGCCACGUCCCCAUUUAGUUUGUAUUCGAGUGUUCACGACACUGACAACCCUUGGCCUUGCCUUUUGGGAUUUUUAAGAACAGCAUUGUCAAGUAUAUGUAGCAUGCUCGGCAUACUUUUGUAGCUAGAGUGAAAUUUGAUUUAAAUUUACACUUGUUUUUCUUAUGAUCGGCCUUUAAUAUGUUGUUCCUUUAAACAAUUUGCAGACGAAAUAUUCAAAACGACGACCAUGCAUGGCAUCUACUUCAAACUAACUGCUGUUAGUGGAGAACGGUCUAUUUCCAGGGGGUUCAUUGAGUAUUCAAGUUCGUUUGUAAAAUGAGGGGAUUGUUCAACAAAAUUUUCUUCAAUUCGCCUCAAAGAUGUGUGUUUAAAGUGUUGACCCGACAUUUUCAGUACAUAAAGUGAUUAUAUCUGCAAGUUUAGUUUAUAUAUUCAGUGUUUAUUUAUCGAUGUGAUGAACCGGUAUAAAAUAAAGUUGCGAUUAUCGAGGGAAACAUGAGGGUUCAUUAUAAGUAUCGAGAUUUGUACUCUAUAAUGAUUGUAUAAAUAUGUCUUUUAUCUCUGUUAUGAAGACUAGUAUACUACUAUAUCUAUGUAUAUGAGAAUUUAACUGCUGUUGUUUGUACAAAGUCGAGUAUUAUCAUUAUAAAUACACUAUAAUUAUAUAUAUAUAUAUAUAUUGAGAGUUUAACGUUUGUUCAAAGUCAAGUAUAAUUUUGUCUGUGUCUACUAUAUUAAAUAUCUGGCUAAAAGAAUACGGACUAUGUAAUCAUUCAGUCUUGGUGUUUUGUCGUCAUAGGGGAUUUUGUCUUCUUGUGUGAAAUUUUCCGCCUGAAAGUUUCCUGAGAACUUAACUAGCUCCAAUCUGAAAUAUUGAAUGGUUCUUGUUAACCCAUUUACUGGCAGUACUCUACCCACUGACGAGUAAAAUUAAAAUUGUCUGGCGUUUAUAGACAGUAAAUACUAAAGUAGAGCGAAUUGCCAGCUAAUGGGUUAAUAUAAGAGAUAUUGGCAGAUAGGUUUGUUAACCCAUUUGCUGACAGUACUCUACCACUGACAAGUAAAAUCGUCUGGUGUUACACAGUGUAAAAUUGUCUGGCAUUAGAGUUAAUACUAAAGUAGGGUGCAGUACAUUGCCAGCUAAUGGGUUUAUAAUAGACCUUAAUGCUGUUUAUCCACUUUUGACCCAAUGGCCUCAUUUCCAUGUUGGUUAUUUGCUCGUGUUUUCGUGUUCAUAAUUUAAGAAUAAGUUUGUGAUUCAGUGGGCUUAAAUGAUCAAUGAGAAACAAAUUUGUGCAGGAAAUAUAAGGGAUAUAACCUUCAUGUGCAGGCCUGCCAUAUGCUACAUGGAAAUGAGGCCAUUGGGUUAAAAGUAAACUUCAUUUCAAUAGAAGUAUAAACAUAGUAUGUGUAUAACUAUACAAGUUAAUUCUGCACCCCGUUCUUGUGGCAAAAAGGCAGCACUCUCCUUGCGAUAGUAACUCCUAGUUCGUAAUAAUAGUUUACGCAGUGCGUACCUAUUUUUUGCGAAUCAUGUGACCUAAAAGACUACCAUUUAGCUGCUGUCACACUAUAAUUUGUCUUCAAUAAAUCUCUGGCUGCUAUAAAGACUUCUACUAGGGUGAUACGAUCGAAACACACGCAACGUCUAGGGGGGGGGGGGGGGGUGAUUCGAUGAUAAAUUUCGUGCUCACAUGGUUACAAACGUAGCUUUCGGAUUGGUAUUUCCACGUUAAAUAUCACUCUAAUGUUAAUAAGAUGCUCAAAAUUUAUAAAAAUUCCGCAUAGGUUUCAAUAUAGUCCAAAAGCAUGCAUCAUUAUUUUUCUAGAAUUCGGGCUUUGCAUAUGAAAAACAAAGACCACAUGUCUGACUGACAAAAGUUCAGACAAAAAAGCAUAUUAUAUGAUGCUUCGCCAGAAAAUUAAUAUUUUUCAUUCUCGUACAUAUAUUGAAUACUCAGCAACAAAUUGCUGAAAUAAUCAUUGUUUUCAGCAUCUUAUAAGCACGUGGGCAUGGAACUUACCAAUAAAUCACGCUUGACGUCAUCGUAAUUGAUGCCAGUGCUGGAAAAUGUCCAGCAGCGCCGCUGCCAGGAAAUUUUAACAAAAUAUCUUCGCAGGAAAUUUUCUAGUACACUUUGCAGCAAUUUUUGUUAUCUUGGAAUUGCAAUUACUUAUUGUUUAAAAAUUGCAAAAACAUCACAUGUGUGGCACCGUAUACACAUUUUGCUGCCAGGAAGAGAAAUUUAUUUUCUAGGCCAACUUGAUUCAGUAGUGAUUUCAAUCAUAUCACCCGCGGGUGAUAUGCGGGUGAUAUGAUUCGCGAAAACCACGCCUGACGACGAUCAUAUAAGAGAUGGUUGACAAAUUUAAAGACUAAAAAGUGAUGUUUGAUGAGUUUUAAGCGCACCAAAGACGGCUCAUUUUUAUUGAAGAAUGUUACCUUCAAAUCUUCAAUAACCUAAAAUAUAACAACAUACUCAAAUAAUUUAUAAGUAAAGCGACGAAAAUGCCCUUAAAUCGAAAUAUUGUAUUCUCAUUGCAAUAGGUAUAUGUAGCAAGUUUAUUCUCAACUCGGAAGGUUCGUAAAUUUCGGUAUAAUAUUUCCUUCGAAAUAUUUCUUUCAGUGCAUUCCCUCGCCUCGGGAAAUAUCAUGCAUCACUUCAGGAAAUAUUUCGCCGAAACCCCCUCGCUCUGGGUCAGUAACACAGUGCAGCGUAAGUUAUUUUAUGCUCUAUUACAUUCGUUUUAGAACUGCUUGAUGUCUGGAAAAUGGGCAGAUAUGCACAAGCAAGUCCAGGAAUGAUUUCUCCAGUUCGUACUCCACGUUUUAUCAAUGUCACGGAGACGGGUAACUACUUCGUAUAUAGUCAGGUAUACUUUCAAAUCCCUGCGAACGAUGCAGUAGUCAACAAGAAGCUAACAUCAGAUGACCAAAGCUAUAUGAUACAUUUUGUAUUCCGACAAUCGGGUUCAACCAAAUCAAUACUAUUAAGAUCCGUUGUGUCGAAUGGAUUUCAGGGUAAUCGAUCAGGAUUUUUCACGUCGUUUACGAGCGGCGUUCAUCGAUUAAAGAAAGGGGAUUCACUAUACGUUGCCGUACAGAAAAAACUAAGCAGUCUUAUUAAUACGAACGACGACUCUACUUUCUUCGGAGUAUUCAAACUAUGACUCGGUCAUCUUGCGUCGUGUGCAACCAGUGCACAUUCGACCUGUAUGAAAAUUUCCAUCGUAUCUAUGGACAGGUAGCGGGUAACGUGAUAGUAAGUACCUCACGAAACAAGACUCUGUUUGUUCCCUGCCAAGCAGGUUUUUGUCACCUAACAUAUUGUAGGACGUAGAGUACACCAUAAGGUGAUUAAAUUGACAGCGCAGAUCGCUCCUUUUGAUAGCGAUGCAUCGCGGAUAGACAAUCGAAAUUUGCGUAUGCGAUUCCGAUCCGCGCAUAGAGAAUCAGUGAUGCAAAGGGUAUUUAUUAACGAUUCCUUAACUAUUAGGGACAUGAUUACAUGGAAACAAUGAAUCAAGGUAAAAACACGACUUUCGCUCAUUGGAGUUGAUACAAAGCCGGAUCAAGGUACAUCUGAUAGAGAAGGUGCUCAAUUUCUGUGAGUGCACCUUUUUAUCACCACCACAAAUUUUGUCGAAUUUGAGGGUGCCGAUUUUUCUGGGUAUGCAUACCCCAAAGUUCUAUGUGUCCACAGUAUAGUUUGAUCGAGAGUCUGUGUGCUAUUUGCAUAUCACUUCAAUACUUAAUGAAAAGUGGUAUGGAAAAACUUGAAUGAUGUCAUUCUAAUAUUUGAAAAGUUCUUACUCAAAUAGUAUAACUAGAAUAAUGUACUUCGAUUUCCUUUACGUCCCUGAAACCGGCACCCUACUCUGACAGUCAGUGUUUCCAUGCAAUCACCUCUAAAAUAAAUUUAAAAGCUUAUAGCUUUUGGAGUCAUAUUAUAUUAACUCGAUUUUUAUCGUUCGCUAUGCCCUUGAUUAUAUCAAAGUAUAUACAUUAUAUAUAUAUUUUAAUAUUAUAUGCUAAUAGAAACUAUAAUUAAUAUGUACUUGUAUAUAGGCGCACACGCACGAUCGAUUUUAAGAUUCCGUUAACAAUUUACGGCUACGGUUGGGAAUAUUAUGAUUAUCGUUAAUAUACCACAAAUUAAAAUCAUUUUGUAUUUCUUGAGAAUGUUAACAUACAUGCAUGCUGAUACUGUUAUACAGGCUACUCCUUUUUCCAUGUUCUGAACUAUUUAGAACUUUGUUCCAGAAUUAUGUGUCAUGGAAUGAACGUGGUUGAUGAGUAAUAGAGUUAAAGGUUGGCUAACUAUCUUUCGAUUUAGCGAUUCACUAAUAUUUCAUAAGGAUUUAGCUAUCUUUUUCAGUCGCUUCAUGUGUUCCGGCAACACAUACUCAAACGUUCGUUAGGAUAGUUAGAAAAUCAGAGUAGUUUCCAUCUUGGUUCUUGUUUUGUAAAAUAAAAGUGCUGAUUUUCAACGUUUCAAGCUGUAGACUAACUUGCCUUACUCAACCGUAGCCGUCGUAUGUUAGAAAGUUUGGCAACCUAGAACGGCAACGGGGAAAAUAUAAUUGCUUAUAUUGUUGUAUUUGAGCCAAAGUAACGUUACUACACUUAGUAACGUUACUACACAAAAUACACUUUAAGUAUUCCUGUUUCUUUCAAACGUACCCUUAAGUAAAAAUAGUCCGCGAAUUCAAAUAAAACACCUCAAAUAACAUCGACCGAAUUAACUAUUGCCGUAGUCAUGCACCGUGAAAUGAUGCAGAUCACGUACUAGUUUCAACAACUACGGCAUUGCACAACGCUUAAGACCAUGUAAUUUACAUUCGCCUUUAUCUUUGAGGAUUAAUGCUAUUGUUGAUGACCAUAUUGCCGUUGCCCUUGUAUUUGCCAAACUCUCUGUUAUCGGUAUCAUGUUGUCCAAAUAUAGACUCCUUAAUGACGUCAUCAACUACAAUUACCAGAAUCAUAUUGUUUAAACGAAACAUGCUUGAUAUUUUCUUUUUAACACAUUCUUAUUCCUCCGUUUUUACAGUCCCAACAAAUUAUUCAACUGCCCAAAAUAUGGGUCCGUCACCACAAACUAUAACCAGGGUACUUUCUCAUAUGCAAAAGUUUGGCACAUUAUUUCUGGAGGUUGUAGUUGAAUGACGUCAUGUUACAAGGUGUCUUCGUCGUUCGCGCAUGAGCAGGUAAGAUUCUUCAGUUACAGAUGUAACCGUUCUGUAAGUUUUCGUUUUUGAGAGCAACUUUCAAAUAAUUCGAAACGCAUUCGUUGGGAAUGUUGUUUAUAUUAAACGCUAAAGUAUUGUUUUCUUAUGUUAGGUUUAUGUUUUGUUCGCCUCUCAUGCUUGCAUUUAGUAACCAAAGGAAUAAAAGAAUAAGUCAGUCAGGCCACCCUCCCUGAUAUUGUACCUAGGUAGAAAAAUGAUCAUAUUCGUCCAAUAUGUGAUAUGAUACCAGAGACGACUGCCUAAUACAUUUGAUAGUAGAAAUUUGCUCAAACCAUAUGAACGAAACUAGUUUGAAUUAGGUAAUUAUACCUGUACUCAUAUUCCCGUACAUUAAUAAUUGUAAUAUAGCUUCCUCUUGGUUACUGGAUGUUUGAGAAGGCGCAUUAGAAAUAGAUUGUCCGUGAGUAAGAACAAGAAAAAGGUUUAAAUCUUUUUGUGCAUGGUCAACUUGAAAAGUGUUGGCACUUAUUGAAGUAAGCAAAUUAAACCAAUUUUCUCUAUUUUAUUUACCAUCAAAUACCAGACUGCCAAACAUGAUAAAAACAUCGUUUUCCUAACUUUAGAACUGUUUGUUGACCACCACCUUUUGCGAUAUAAUACUAUAUAAGUGAAACAUAUAUAUCUAUAAUACAAAACGUUGAUGUUGUUACAUCCGAUUUGACUUCUGUCAUUUUCUCAGUUGUAAUAAAUGAAUAUUUAUUCUACUGUAAUUGACCUACACAAAUAGCAUUGCUCUCUUUCUUGUUCUUAUUACUCCAGACAUUUUUUAAAUGUACUUUUAAAAACGACCUAACAUCCGAAAUAAGAGACUCCAGUGAUAUAUAACAUUGUAAAAUUCCUCUAUGUUAGAUUAACUAGAAUUAAUUAGCUGGACCUUUUCUGUGAAAUUAGAGACAGAUGGCUCAAAAAAUGGCCAGAAUUUGUACACUUGUAAAUAGUAAUAGCAUUUUAUUAGAUUGAGUAUGUUUGAACGGUUGUUAGUAACGUUUAAUUCAAUAAACUUCCUUGUAUCAAGGUGAACAUUUCUGAACUGAAGAACCA